AUGUCCAAAUUUAUGCUUUAAUACAGACAAAGAUGGAGGAAGUCACUCAUUCUUGUCGGUGGAUCUUCUGAGUUAGGUGAAGAAAUAGCAAAGAGAUUCGCUCAUUCCAGAUUUAGGAAGUGGGAGGUGAUUAAUAUAGACGAGACAGCUAAUUCAAAAGCAACUAAGAGCAUUAUUCUAAAGAAAGAUGAUCUUAUAGAUUCUGAAUAUCUGUAAAAGCUGAGAGGAGAGAUCACAGAUGUUUCAGAGGAAAUAUCAACUAUCAUCAAUAUCUCAACUGCUAAGGAUGUGAGUCCUAGUUUAGGCUUUAGCGAUGAGAAGAUAUUUGAUGAGUAUGAGAACUUUAGGAAUAGUGAACUCAGAGCUACAAUGCUUACUUCUCAUCUUGCCACUCAACUUCUAUCAUCUAAUGGGUAUAUUUGCUUCUCUUCUACUGUUGAGAGUAUGAAGAAUAUUCCAACUGAUCAUGAAAAGGCAAGAUAGCUAAACUAUAUCGAGAGAGCUAUGAAAAUGACUUAAAUGCAAACAGCAUUGAAUAUGGCGAAUAGCAAAGGAUUUAAUGACAUACUAUAUCAAAAUGUGUAGAUUAAUGUGCUUCUUUGGGAUAGACUGAGCACAUAAGAGAACCGUAAAAAAUAUCCAACUGAAAACUACAGAGAGUGGAUACCUUGUGAUCAUGUGGCGAGCUUACUCAAGCUAUGGAGUUAGGGAGAUAACAGACCUGAGAAUGGUUCUUUUACUCAAGGCAUCACCUCGCUUAUGACAGCUGUAGAUGAGUCAAUCAACUCCAGAAAGUCCAAGGAAUAAAUUAAAAAAGAUGUGAUUCUCAAGAUAUAUUAAUCCAAGACCUUUAGAAAUAAAGAAGAUGCAUUCAUUCAAUGGAAGUUAAUGAUUAGAAGUAAUGAAUAGGAGAAAACUAAGAAUCAGUUGAAUAUAUUCGAUCAAGAAAUGACUUAUCUGAAGACAAUAGAGGAUGAUUUGAAUGGACAGAUUAAGGAGAUAGAAAAGUAAAUUGGCUUGGAAUCUAAAGAGUAAAAGAGAACGGAGAUAUGGCUCAAGACUAAGUAUAAGCAAUAGGAAAAGAAGUUUUAACUGUAAUCAUAGAAGGUAUUGCUUAAUAAUUGCUUGUACAUGCAUAGAGUUCAAAACAUCAUGCCUGCUUUUUACCUACUGUUCAUUAAUUAUUCUCUGAGUUAGGUGAGAGAGGUGUAUAAAAAAGAGAUAGCCUCAGCCAAGGAUGUAUUCGUUUAUGAGGGAAAGCAUUAGAGAAAUAUAUUCUAAGCUGUGCAAUACAACCCACCUAAAUAGAUUAAAAGGAAUAGAUACAAUAUUCCGACAAGGACAGAUUAAUAAACGAGGAAUAAGAUAAAGUAGUAUGACGAGAUAAAGAAGAGAGAAGCCAUUAAUAAGGUGCAGUCAUUGUAUAAAGAAGAUAAAAAUACAAUCAAGUAUGAUCAAAUAAUCAGGGCUAUCAAAUAUGUGCAGAGGAAAUUUAGAUUGAGUAGAUUGAGAAGAAUACGAGAGGAAAUGGGUUUUGACAAUAGCUAAGAUAAUGGCUAUAGAGAGCCUAUGAAAAUAGUGUAUAAUUGA